CCGGCGCUGCGCUGCUUUCUUGAUUUCUUUAUGUGAAAAAGGUGUUUUUAAUUUAAGCCUGAAAGGGCAGCAGAGCGCAAACAUGCAGAAGAGCUCGGUGGUCGUGGUGGCGGAUAAAACGAGCCUGAAAAGGCCGUUUGUUUUUGCUAACGCUGUACAUAUGGCGUUGUGCUUCUUCAUGCUGAAAAUGACUGUAAUUUGGCACGGAGACCUGCUGCAAACUGGCAAAAUGGUGCCCAGUAUUCCUGUAGCGAUGAUGUACGCCAUCGAGGUUGGCUGCCUGCUACUCUCAGUGCUCGGCGUGUUCGGAGCUUGCAAAGGAAAGAGAUGGUGUUUGAUUCUGUAUGCAGCAGGGAUGGCAGCAGUCAGUCAAACGAUUAUUAUUAGAACAGCGCUGAGUUACCAAGAUGUCUAUGAGAAACGUGUUGUGCGCGAUGAGUCCAAGCUGCUGGCCAUGAUGCCGCUCAGUGGACCCAGCAAAGGCAACAGGACGUUGCUUCAUAAUAUCCAGGAGGAAUUUGAAUGCUGCGGUCUUAUUGAAGGCUACAAGGACUGGGGCGCCUCCAUCCCUGCCUCCUGUAACUGUCAUUAUCCAGGAAAAUGCGUUCGACUACGGGGUAGUGCUACGCUCGGAGCCCCGAAGAACCAGUAUGUUUAUCGAGCGCCCUGCCUCCCGAUUUAUGUUUCCGAGCUGAAGCUGGCAUUCUUCUUGGUGAUGGCCAUACAGUUUGGAAGUGCAGUAUUCUGGAUUAUUUUACUUGUCAUGAGCAUCAAGUUGAUGGGACAGAUAAAGAAGAAGCAGGAGUUUAUAGCUCUUCUCCAGUCCAACACAUACGUUCCUGGUGCUUUCUAGUGCUGCGCAGCAGUGC